UGGUCGAUGAAAAAACUUCGAUUUUAUUGACUUGUUGCCGUCUUUUAUGGGGCAUUUGGCGCCUAAUACGUUGCUGCUGAAGGACAGUGUUGUGUUAUGAAUGAGAGUAAAUCUGACAACAGCACAUUCCUCAUAUCAGAAGGGGGGCUUUGCUGAAACUCUAGAGGCUGAAGGGAAAUCUGACGCACGAUGUUUCACCUGAAAAUACACCUAAUGCCAUUAGAUAGCUGUGUUUAGUGAAUAAAAACACCAGAAUAGAUUGGCUAAAAGAAAUCCCAUGCUCAGUCCAGCUGUAGCGUUUUCCUCCUGUGGGUCGUUUGUGUCUCUACAUUAUUGAUUCCCAGAAGCUGCUGCUGCUUCUGCUGCUGCCCAAUAGGCUCCCGAGACAGUUUUUUUUUUUCUUCAAAGAGAUGGGAGCAGAUGAAGUGAUGAGAUUCGUGUAACUUUUGGAUGACCCCUUCUUGACAAAGACAGUGUCCAUCAAUUGUCUCCAGUCAUUCUUCGCUGCUUUUAUGCCGAGGGGCUUUUUGUAUCUUUUGUUGGUUUCUCUGUUCAACACUAUUGCUUCAAGUUAGACCACAGAAACUGAUGUUUUUAUUUCAGCUUGGUUGAAACAUCUUUGUGCACCUUUAUUUCUUAUAAAUUUAUUUUAAAAAAAAAUAAUUGUAAAGUUAAUUAUUGAAAUGAGGAGCUAUUUUUCUCUUGUUUUUCAGCAUCUCUUUUUAAUUUCUAAAUACAGAUGUACAUGCUUAAGGGAGAUCUGUGUUUUUUUUCCACCGGGGUCUAAUUUUGGACCUUGAGUUGGGUAAAAAUGUAUUUAGUUGUAUGUUUACCCGUGUUUGGACCAGCAUCACCUCCAUUGGCCGAUCUGGUCACAUGGUUCGCUAACUUUAUUCAGUUGACACCAAGUAGGAGGGCUUUAUGGAGGGAGGAAAAAAAGACAACUCGAGAAAAAUUAGUAUUUUCUACCUUCAGAAAUUAAUGGCCAUGAGUUCGUAUAUGGUGAACUCUAAGUAUGUGGAUCCCAAAUUUCCUCCCUGCGAGGAAUAUUCACAAAAUAACUAUAUACCCGAGCAGGGCUCGGACUACUACAGUCCAUCGCAGGACACAGACUUUCAGCAUCCAGGGAUCUACCCACGGUCAAACUACACGGAGCAGCCCUUCAGCUGCAACACUGCGCAGGACUCCACAGUGCAGCCACGGGGUCAUGUGCACGAAAGAUCCAGCAGCCACCCGAGCCAUUUUAGCGCACAGACUGAGCAGGGGGCCCCGGUCCAAGUUGCCGGACCCCGGACUUGUGGACAGCAGCAAAACACAAAGAGCCAAAAUGGGAUACAAGCCAAGCAGCCUGCAGUAGUUUACCCCUGGAUGAAGAAAGUUCACGUAACAACUGUGAACCCGGAUUACACAGGAUCAGAGCCCAAACGGUCCAGAACAGCUUACACCCGGCAGCAGGUCCUGGAGCUGGAAAAGGAGUUUCAUUUUAACAGGUAUCUGACCAGGCGGCGGCGGAUUGAGAUUGCCCACACUCUUUGUCUCUCCGAAAGGCAGAUCAAAAUCUGGUUUCAGAACAGACGGAUGAAAUGGAAGAAAGAUCACAAACUGCCCAACACCAAGGGCAGAUCUGCACCAGCCUCCAGCCAUCUGCAAAGCAUUCAGAAGGACAACCAGACUGAUAUCACAGCGUUAUAAGAGAGGAGGGAGUCCUGAUAUCUCCAGACAUUCACUGUACAUAAAAGAGACAAAGGUUGCAUCUGACUUUUGCAUGGACUGAUGUCGUUUUUAGCCUCUUUUUUUAUUUUUUAAUUUAACAAAAAUGACCCCAACAGUGUUGACACAAAACUGAGUCAGAAAAAUCAAUCAGUCUUUGUAAGUGAGGUUUGCAAGUUGAGCCUCUUUUGUGGUUUAUUUCAGUAAAAACACAGAAAAGCAUCGAAACAAACUUUUUUUCCAUUUCCCCCUUAUUUUUAUUUUAUUAUUUGGACGUUUCCCCCCUUGAGGACAUUUAUUAAGCAAGCUCGGCCCGAUUUCAUGGAUUUUAAAAAAAAAAAACUAUAUCCCCUCUCCUCACAUGGAUUCACGUGAAGAUUCUCUAAUUAUAAUCAAAAAUAACAGCAUGGAGGUCAUUCGUUCAAAUUACGCACACACGAGGCUCAUUUUUUCUCUCCAAAUGAAACUCCACAUUUUUACGCACAAGAUAUAUACUUGAAGGAAGCAUUAUUUGCAUAGAGCACGCCAAACACUCCUCAGUCUACUUUCGUAAGUUGCAAAUCGUCCCGCUGGAUUUCUCUUUUUUGUGAGUUGUAUGUUUUAACUUAUUUUGUACAAAAAAAGCUUUGAAUUUUUCUUCGCCUAAAUAUUAUUCCCAAACGUAAGACAUUCCUGUGUGCAAACUAUUCAGAGUGCCCUUAUAAAUCUCUCCUGACAUCUUUGUAAACAGUGUACAUUUUCAGAGGCUCUCUCAUGCUAUUUGAAACUCAACAUAUGAAAGAUCAUUUGUUUCCUGCAUGGCAUCAAAAAAAUGAUAUUUGGAUGUUUCUCAUCGGAAAUACUCAAAAUCCUGAAUAUUUAGGAGUAUAAUUGUUUAUUUUUCUUGAUACGAUUUUUCAUUAUUUAUUUGUUUAAAAACAAACGUGUACAUUUUUUCUUAUAGCACACAAUUUAAUUAAAAAUAUUCGUUAAAAAGCUUUUAUUAUUCUGAAAUACGUUGGAACUCUUGUGCAUUAUUAGCAUGGCUUUAUGCAAAGUUUUUAGUCUUAGUUGAUAUGGGAAUCUUCUUCAUUUUUUUUUUCAUUUACAACAAACCCAGCCGAAGGGGGGGCUUUCAUCAGGUCACAUUUCAAGACAGAUAUUUCUUGUUUUAUACCGUCAUUGUCCUCGGACAAGAAAAGCCCAGAAGCUCUCCCCCAGUAUGAGGAGGUCUCCUCUCUUGAAAAGUCUUCGUGAUGAGAGACUUGAAAAGGUAUUUCAAACCGAAGGUCGACAAAAGCAGCAGCAGUGGCAGGUUCAUCCAGGGGACACAUUUCAGCCGCAAGGACUGACCCCAACACCCCCUGACCCGCCGGACAAUUUUCUCUCCCAGGCGCUCUUCGCUUUGCUUCUUGGAGAGCUGUUCCUUCUUUAAAAAAAAAAAAAAAAAAAAAAUCAUACACACACACACACACACACACACACAAUGAGGCUAAAGCUCAUUCAAACUGAGAACCAGCGAAUUUCACAGUUUUAACAGUAUUAUAUUAAAAUCAGCCCCCGAUAAAGGUUCUGAUUUGUGCAUUUGUCUCCUCAUGUCAAUAUACAAUCUUUUUGUUGUUAUUUUUGUACAUGCUUUUUACCUUGUACUGUGCAUUGAGAUGUGAGAAGUAUAUUGGAAAAAAAUAAAGAUUUCUACUGAU